AUGUUAGUGGAUUUGAACGUUUGUUGGCCCCAGAAAUCUUUCCAAGACCCAUUAAAUGAUGCAGAAGUUGAUAGAGUGAAGGAGGUUUUGUCUACCCUCCAUGUUUUAGGGUAUACCCAUGUUGCAUUAAACUUUACGGUUAAUCACAGCGAUAAGUUCCCAUCGAAUCCAAAUCCAAUGCAGAUUAAAGAAAGAUUCGGCGAAUUGAUGAAAUCUACUGGUUUAAAGAUUUAUUCAAGAAUCACCUUGGUCAUUGAUGAUCCUUCAAAGGGACAAUCUAUUGCUAAACUGUCACAGCAUUUCGAUAUAGUCGCCGCCCUACCGAUUACUGAACGUGGAGUCUCAUUGGCAACUGCUAAUUUAGACAUCGAUCUUUUAACGUUCCACUAUAACCAGAGAUUGCCCUGUUUUUUGAAACACAAGACUAUAUGUAGUACCGUGAAAAGGGGGGUCAAACUAGAGAUUGUCUAUUCUGCAGCACUAAAGGAUCUACAGUCUAAGCGUCAAUUCGUGAACAACGUGCGUAACGUCGUUAGAAGUUCACGUUCAAGAGGAAUUGUCAUUUCAAGUGGAGCGCAAUCUCCAUUAGAAUGCAGAAACGUUUUGGGGGCAGCAAGUUUGAUCAAAUCUCUAGGGCUCCAAAAUGAUAAAUGUCUACAGGCAAUGUCUCAGCUAGCAUCGUUGGUACUGCUCAAUGGCAGGCUACGCAAUAACUCCUACAAGCAGACAGUCGCCAUUGGUACAAACGUCGUAGAGGAGAAUUCGCUGGGUAAUAAUAAUUCCUGUGUCAAGAUCAAACGUCGUCGUCGCCCCUCUGAGGAAGACCCUGAAGAAGGCAAGAAAAAGGUCCACAAAUAA